GACUGUUUGUCGUGUCACUUUUUUGAGGAAGGAUUUGAGGGGCCGGCUAGCUAGCUCGGUUGUUCCAUUCAUAAAGUUGACGAUGGCAGAUCAAUGAGGUGGUUUUAACACCGGCACAAAAUGUAAUGUGCGUAAAAUUAUCCCUUUAAAUCACAAACAGGAUCGCGUCAAAGGCCACUCUGACUUCCCGCCCCUCAGAGGAAGAUAUACAAAGAUGAACAUGUGUGACGGUGAUGUUAGGGGCUCCUCCGUUCAUAUCGUUCCUCUUCACGAACGCUGGGACAUGGAGGAUGCAUGCGCCGAGCUCCUUAACACCCAAUGGCAACGCAGCAUGGGGGCAAGGCUGCACUCGCUCCGCCAAUCGAGCGCCAACUAUCCCGUGUGUCUCCUGUUGCUGGAGGGAGAGAGGCGGGUCCCCAACGAGAAGCUGAUAGGCCACGCCCGCAUCUCACGUGUGCUAGGCAGCAGGAGCCUGUUUGUGGAGUCUGUGGUGGUGCAAAGCGAGCUACGGGGGAGGGGCUACGGGCGAAUACUGAUGGAGGGCGUGGAGCGGUACGCCCGAGCCCGGGGCUGCUCCCGACUCUGCCUCACCACACAUGACAAGCAGCACUUCUACGCGCACCUGGGCUUCGUGCAAUCACGGCCCGUCCAGAAUGUGGGCACACUGGCCUCCCUCGUGCCCCUGGAACUGCUGCACAAGUUCUGCCACAUGGCUGAGAGCGAUGCGGAGAAGAGCGGGGGCAGCGCUGACACAGGGAGGCACACUCCUCCACCUCUGUCAAACGCCCCUCGCGUUCCACCACCCCCUCCACCCCUCUUGCCUCCUGCAUCAAAAUCUCUCAUCUCUCCUGCUGCUCUUCCCCUGGUUUCCUCUACUUCCCUCUCUCUUUGGCCUCCUCCACCACCCCCUCUUUCCUCUCUACCCUCUGUCGCUCCACCUGUCCUCUCUCCACCUCCAUCCUCAUGGGCCCCACUUGAUCAGACUCUGGAACACACACCAUACACAGAUAUCCGAGGACUGCCUGUCUUCUGGAUGCACAAGGACAUCUGACCUUUUCAUCCAUACCACUCAUAUAGAGGCAUUGCAACCCAGAUCUUGGAAAAUCACACUAGCAUAAUUUAAUGAAAACCACAUCCCAGGGUGUUUAAUGUACAGAAGAGACUGGACAUUGUCCUCAAGAUUUCUAGAAAAUUGUGAUCAGAUUACUUAAACAAUCUGUGCCAAAGAUUUUAAAAUGUUAACUUUAAAUGUAUUGCAUCACAAACAAAACAUAUCACAGGCUCUUUGAGAGUGCCUCAUAAUUUUGAUCUUUUAUGUUUGAAUUAAAAGUGAAAUGACUCA